AUGGAGGGCGGAUACCGCGACGACGCGGCGCCGCAGGGCGGGGCCAACCCGGACGCCUACGCGCUCUGGCACUGGCACCUCGUCGACGUCUUCGUCUACUUCUCGCACUACCUCGUCACCCUCCCGCCGCCCUGCUGGAUCAACGCCGCUCACCUCCACGGCGUCAAGGUUUUAGGGACGUUCAUCACAGAGUGGGAUAAAGGCGUGGAGGUUUGCAAGGAGAUGCUCGCGACCGAGGCUUCUGCACAGAUGUAUGCCGAAAGGCUCACAGAGCUGGCUCAUACCUUGGGAUUUGAUGGCUGGCUGAUUAACGUUGAGGUCAAGCUUGACGUUCACUUCAUCGAUAACCUGAAAGAAUUCAUCAAGCAUCUAACCACGACAAUGCACGAUGCAGUUCCUGGAUCUUUAGUCAUAUGGUAUGACGCAAUCACUGUGAAUGGUGACCUUGAUUGGCAGGAUAAGCUCAACAAGUACAAUAAGCCAUUCUUUGAUGUAUGUGAUGGGUUAUUUUCCAACUAUACAUGGAAGGAAAAUUACCCACAAGAUUCAGCUGCAGUUGCUGGAAACAGGAAAUAUGAUGUAUACGUGGGUAUUGAUGUUUUUGGACGAAAUGCAUUUGGUGGUGGUCAGUGGACUACAAAUGUUGCCCUUGAUCUACUUAAGAAAGUUGAUAUCUCAGCUGCCAUAUUUGCUCCUGGAUGGGUAUAUGAAACUAAGCAACCACCUGACUUUCAGAGCGCACAGAAUCAUUGGUGGGGCCUUGUUGAAAAAUCAUGGGGUAUUCUUCGGGGCUAUCCAGAACAGUUACCGUUCUACUCAGAUUUUAAUCAGGGUCAUGGUUAUCAGGUAUCCGUUGAAGGGUUGCAAAUCUCCAGCGAUCCAUGGAACAAUAUUUCUUGCCAAAGUUUCCAGCCUAUGCUUAAAUACACCAGAGAUCAAGUUCACCUACAAGCCUAUACGGAUUUUAAGGAUGGACCUUACAGUGGAGGGAAUUGUUUGACAGCCAAAGGAACUCUUCGGCAGAACAUUGUUUUCUCAGAACGGCUUUUUAAUGGAGGACUUGCCAUGGAAGAUGGACCUGUUCAUCUAUUUUAUUCGGUAAGAGCCAAUGCAAACUCUGCUCUAGGGUUGUCCCUGGAUCUGUCUUCUCGAAACAAGCAGGGUACAUCAAUUCUUGUUGCAGAGGACAUAGCAACAUUCACCAGAAAGACACAAAAUCACAACUGGAAGCUGAAGACCCCUGAUCAACGACAACCACCAUUCAGCAAGUACAAUAUCUAUGUGGAGAAGUUGACGGCAGGUUCAGACAUGAAAGCUCCCAGAAGCUAUCUUGGAGUUGCUAGUGUCGAUGCCUUCUACGUAUCGGGCUUAGAGGUCUCCAACGAAAUCACUGGUCUGAAAUUCUUCAUUCAAGCGUUUGCACACGAUGGAAGCUGGCAAGAACUUGAGGAAUGUCCAAAUUUCUUUUUAUCCCCUGGCCAUUCUGAGUGA